UUGGAGUUAGCAAAGGCCGGUCGUAACAAAGCGACGGGUGAGUGGAGUUCUCUCCUCCCUUAGACGAUUAGGGUUCCCAAAAAUCUUAGCGCCGUCACCGCCGGUGAGCCUCACGCUCGCCGGUGAGAAUUUCUUCCUCUCUCUCCCUCCUCUUCUUUUCUGGUUGUUUGUUUCUUCUUCCUCUUCCUGUUCGUUUUUCGCAAAUGUCUUCUCCAGAUCUGCUUGCUUCGAUGUCUCUUGCAGAUCUGCCGUCGGUUCGCGUGCUGCCAGAUAUGCUCACGGAGACCCCUUCUCUCAUCCCUCUCGAACCUCCAGACCCUCCCGACCCACCGGAUCUAACUUGCCUCGGCCGAGUUUGGUUCGUCGCCAUCUCCUCCAUCUCCUUUCAUCCUCCGCUUUGCUGUCCGGGUCUUUUAGAGUCACGAAUUCGCCAAUGUCCGACCACCAUCAGUACCACCGUCAGAGCAUUGUGCUUCUCUCCUGUGGUUUCCACAUCCCCUUUCCCGAUUCCGCAGCGUUUUGGAGAGAAGACCAGAGACAAAAAGCUCCUUGUAGCUACUCUCAAAUUUCAGAUUUCGCCUCCCUUUUAGUGGCAGAAAGGAUGGCAACCCUUACGGCUCAUUCUCAAGCUGCCUCUGAAGAAUUAAGGACAAUAUCGGUUGAAACCGAAUCCUUACAAUUGGUUAAAGUCAUCAUCGCAGGCUCAUGUGUUUCAAAACUUCAUGGUUUUCUCAAGGACUUUACACUCCUCAUCAGAAGAUUUGAGUUCACUACUCUCAAGUUUAUCCUAAGUUUAUCUAUUGUAAUAGCUGUUUUCUUAG